AUGGGGAUUGUGCCAGCUGUGGCUCCGCUGGUGCGUCUCGCUGAGCCGGUCCUCCGAGCUCUGCCUGCUCGCAGCUCUCCCGUGCGCCUGGCCGACAAACAAAGAAGUCAAAUCAGCUGUGGAGAAGCGAGGGCAGACUGUGUAUUUACGCGGCAGCCGCGUCCAUCGAUGCUGUUGGAUGAGGCGGACACCGUGUGCAUAUCGGCGGCACAUCCCGGGCGAGUAGUGGACACAAGGAACCGAUCGCUUUGUCCUAAACUGCAUAGAGAGACAGAGGUCCUUAUUUACAAACACACGGGUUUUGACUUAUUCUAAGAUCAAAAAAUGAGUUUGUGAUUCAACAGUUACCAUGAAGAAACCGUACAGUGAAUUAGGUUUAUCCUGUACGACUAUUUGUUGUGAACAGUACCACGAACUCAGGCAGGGACACAUUCACUUUUGUCGCGCCUUCCAUAGAUGAAAGUAAGUUCGUAAGUUCAAGUAUUGGGCCCUAUUCGACAAAAGACGCUUUGGAGAAAUCAAACUCGUGCGGACGGAUUUGAAUCUCAGGGUUGACGGUCUCCGCCAUGGCUCACGGUAGUCUACCUCCUAUCGACACCCUCCCGCAGUGGUCCAGGGUUUUACACUUCGACACAAGUCGCCGACCUCGGCCCCAGCGACCCUCACCUUUGUCCCCUACCGCGCACAAUUUUCAGUCGCAGCGAAUCUCCGCGCUGGAGAAGAGCCUACAGUUUCUGCAGCAGCAGCACAGCGAAACGCUGGAAAAGCUCCACCAGGAGAUCGAGCAGCUAAGGAGAAAGAAUAAAGAUUUGCAGUACCGCUUGAUCAUGGGGUCCCAGCAGAGCCACAAAGGUUCUUUUGGGAAUCUGUCAUAUCAAUCCUUUGGAGCAGAAACCGAGGGCCACACGGAAGUAGAAACAGCCCCACCAAACCCUCCUACUGAAGCAUCCCUGGGUACACUCAAGAGAGACAACACAGAAAGUGGAUCCGAACUCAUCACGCUGCACACUCAAGGCCCAGGUGUUGAUUACAGAAACUUACACAUCAACUCACUGUAUCCCCUGUUGAUCCAUACAAGUCAGAAUGACUGCCCACGGGCACCAAACAUGCAAGAAUGUCAAGUUCUCAUCCAGCAGCUUUAUCAUGCCAACCGCCUUCAGGCCAGAGAAAUUUUACGCGUGAAGUCUGUUGUGAAGGAUUUUAUAUGCAACAAAUUACCACCUAACACAUAUAUAAUAAGAAAAAAUUACAUGGCAGAUCAUUCCAGUGUUCAAAACCCUGUAGAAUUUCCAAAGUUAUCCUUUAAGGCAAUGAGAAAGGGGUCUAAAUCUCAAGUUUCAAGUUCAAUGAAAACUGCCCUUCCUGUUCUGAAACAAGAUGUCUCAGGUAGCUUUGAUGAAAGCCAGAGAACACAGAAAAAAUCAGCUUUCCACAGUACCAAAUUCAAGGAGUAAAACUAUACAUAACCAGAAGUCCUAUAAACAACCCAUCCCACCCUACAAAAAAGAUCAAAUUUGGACUACAGCUGCUAUUUUCUCUUUGUAAAAAACUGAAAAAAAAAAAAAAUCAAACAUCAUGUGG